UCCAUUCGUUGAUUGCGUGCGGUUCCACUUCUCAGUUCUCAGUUCUCAGCUCUCAGUCAAAUUGUAAAUUGUACAAAUAGCAGCAUUUAAGGGAUUUGUGGCGGGAAAAAGUACAACAACGCGUCUUUUUAUCUGAAAAGUAAUUUCUUUAUAGUCAACUUAGUUUAGUUGCAACAUGGAAACGGAGUCGCUUAAUCGCAAGAACUCCUCGAGAAAAAGCUCCAUUGUGAAUGGCAAUGGCGAUGCAUCCACCAAGCUGACAAAUGGAGAUGCUGACAAUGGCAGUGGAGGUGGAGGUGAUGCUGGAGGUGGCGAGGUGACACUUAAGGCCAAAAUGAGUUUAUUGAAUGGCUGCACGGUGAUUGUGGGCUCAAUCAUUGGCUCUGGUAUCUUUGUCUCACCCACCGGAGUGUUAAUGUAUACGGGCAGUGUGAAUUUGGCUCUGGUUGUGUGGGUUCUAUCCGGACUCUUCUCAAUGGUUGGCGCCUAUUGCUACGCUGAGUUGGGCACAAUGAUUACAAAAUCGGGAGCGGAUUAUGCGUACAUUAUGGAAACCUUUGGCCCUUUCAUGGCAUUCAUGCGUCUCUGGAUCGAGUGUAUGAUUGUGCGUCCCUGUUCCCAGGCGAUUGUGGCAUUAACAUUUAGUACCUACGUGCUGAAACCCUUCUUUCCGGAAUGCACACCGCCCGAGGAUGCAUCGCGAUUGCUCGCCGUUUGCUGUAUAUUGGUACUAACCUUAAUCAAUUGCUGGGACGUUAAAUGGGCCACCGCUGUGCAGGAUAUCUUUACUUAUGCCAAACUGUUCGCCUUGUUUAUCAUCAUUGCGACGGGCAUGUACCAACUUUAUAUGGGUAAUGUGAAAUACUUUACUUUCGAUAACAGCGAUACGAAGGUUACUUCCUUGGCGUUGUCCUUCUACUCGGGAUUGUUUGCCUACAACGGCUGGAAUUACUUGAACUUUAUCAUUGAGGAGCUGAAGGAUCCAGUCAAGAAUCUACCACGCGCCAUUGCCAUCAGUUGUACACUUGUCACCGUCGUCUAUGUCCUGGCAAACAUUUCCUUCUACACCAUCCUCUCCCCAGAAGAGGUCUUAGGCUCCUCCGCGGUGGCUGUCACCUAUGCGGAGCGGGCCUUUGGCAUGCUGGCCUGGACCAUACCAGUUUUUGUCGCUCUUUCAACUUUUGGUGCCGUCAAUGGCAUUUUGCUCACCUCCUCCCGUCUCUUCUAUGCGGGCGCCAAUGAGGGUCAGAUGCCAGAGAUUCUAACCAUGAUUCAAAUUCAACGUUUUACACCCACACCUGCUGUGCUGGCGAUGGCAUUUCUCUCCAUGUUGUACCUUACGGUAUCCGACAUUUUUGCGCUUAUCAACUAUGUGGGCUUUGCCACUUGGCUGAGCAUUGGCGUCGCUGUACUUUGCCUGCCUUGGCUGCGUUGGGCUCAGCCCAAUUUGCCACGCCCCAUUCGGGUGCCGUUGGUGUUCCCCAUUGUGUAUCUGAUUGCCACAGUGUUUGUCACCGUGGUGCCAAUGUACGCAAGUCCCGUCGAGACGGGCUAUGGCAUACUGAUGAUACUGUCCAGCAUACCCGUCUAUUUGGUAUUCAUCGCCUGGAAGAACAAACCAAUCUGGUUCCAAAAAUCCAUGGGCGGAGUUACACAAGCACUACAGAAACUGAUGAUGGUUGUGCGUCCAAAAGCGUCUUCAAAGUAAGCCUCACACAUUUCCUACAAAAACUGCUCAUGGUACUCGGCAAGCAGACGAAACCAGCUCAGGUGUAGAGAUUAGUGAAUGGAUAUAUCCAAGGGGGAACUGCGAUGAAAUUAUUAUGGAAACAGUUAGAUCACGUUGGCCAACAGCAAAUGAUAGCAUUUAAAAAAUUCAAACAUUGCAUAGUAAACUCAAAAAGCUUUUGUGUAGCCAGACAAUUCUGGGUAUGGUUAUGAGAGCUAGACGCUCUUUAAACUUCAAUUUCCAACUUUAAAGAGCGUCCAACUGGCAAUCUAAAUACUACUACGAAUAGAUAUGUAUAUUUUUAUAUAUGUUUUAAGUUUAAACUAAGCCCCAGGGCAGCGUGUUUAUAUUCGAAAUGCAAAAUAAAACUAACACAAAGCUUUGAACUUAAUUGCUUAAGACUGUGAAUCAAAUGGAAAUUACAAGGAAAACAAAUAAAUAGUGGAUAUUGUUCAAAGCUUAAAUGUUAAUUGGAUUUUGAUGUUUGACAACUCUUAAAAAAUAUUGUAAAUUCUUCACAAUAUUCAAAUUAUUUUCCAAAAACCAAUUUAAUCUCAUCACGUUUGAGUUUAAGUAAGAGUGUUACAUUGUAAUUUUUAAUGGCAGCGCUUUAAAAAAUAUUUAGUUAAGAAAUUGGUAUGAAAUACAUAACGCAACAUACUCAGAAAUGCGGUUACAUACUUUACAAUCACGGCAUUCUAAUAGAUUCACAAUAAUCAUCUUAAUUUUAAAGAUUCUCAAAUUAUGUUUAGUUAUUUAAGAAGGAACUCAUCUGCCAAACCAGUUGAAAUGCAGUUACAUUACAAACUUUUAUGGCCAAAACAAAACAGUACAGUACAUCGCGAUUCGCACAUAUCCGAAAAAAAACAUUGCCAAGAUACAAAACAUAUUUAAAACAAAUAUUAUAAACAAAUUCCAGUAUAUAAUUCAUUUAUGUAUGUGCAUUUAUCAAUUGUUUGAAUGUAGCUUUGAGUGUUUUUAGCGUUUUAUCGUUACGCAUUGGUAUAAAUCAAAUUACAUAUUAAAUACAUAACUAUGGUA